AUGAAAAAUAUCCAAUUGGUAUUAUUAAUUGCCCUUUUUGGGUUUGCAGCUGCAGACAUAACUAUCUAUAAAUCAAAGAGAUGCGAAUGUUCCUCAUUUAUCAAGUCAGAGUGUGAUAAAUGGUAUGAUUGCAAAUGGAAUGAAACAUCUUGUUUAGAGAAGGAAUGCAAAGAUUACACAACAGAAGACAAAUGUACUGGAGAAUGCCAAUGGAAAGGUGGAAAAUGCAUUGAUGAGAAGAAAGAAUGUGAAGAUAUGCCAAAUGAAGAAAGCUGUUCAAAUAUGGCUGAAUGUGGUUGGAAAGAUAACAAAUGCAUUGAAUUUACUCAAUGUUCAGAUUUCACUGUGACAAAGGCCGAAAGAUGCUCUGUCUUGUAGGGUGAAAAUGGAGAGAGAUGCUAAGCUAAAGGAGUUAGUGUGACUACAUUAUUCUACAAACAUUUAGCUGUUGCCGCUGGAUUUUAAUGUGAAAACAAGGUGUAUGUUGAUUGUUCCAAAUUUGUGACUGAAGCAACAUGCAAAGGAGAUGCAACUGCAACUGCCAAAUGUUAAUGGAAAAGUGACGGUAAAUGUUAUGCCUUUGAAUUAAAAACAUGCAGAGAUGCUGAUGGAUUCAAUCAAAUGUGCGAUCCUAAAUACUGCAAGAAAGAUGGAUAAAUGUGUGUGAAUAGAUCAUGUGCUGACAUUACCACUUAAGCCUAAUGCACAUCUUUACCAAAGAUUGACAGCAAUAAAUCCAUCUUAUGCAAAUGGGGUGCCGAUAAUAAGUGUGCAACUGCAACUGACGCUACUCAUUUAAAUGAACAAACUUGCAAUGAUGUUACCUUUGGUUCCUAUCAUUGGGUGACGAAUACUUGUCAAUAAUGCUCUUCCAAUUGGAUUCUAUCAAUCAUGUCAUUGAUUGUCUUGGUGGCCCUUAUUUGAAUGAAUUAUUCAUUAUUCAAUAUUGAACACAAAAC